AUGAAGCUCUACAAUCGUCACCGGAAUCUCAUACUGAUAUUUCUGGCCAACGAAAUUGAACGCUUAAGCGCAUGGCUCAAUCCGUUGGGUGAAAAUGUGGAAGUCGGAGAAACGAGCAUUGAGCAGUGGCGUAAGUCAACAUUUCCGGACACAAGAGCGGAGGCUCGACUUUUGCGAGAAAAUGUCAAACUUGCAUGGGAUAUUUGCCCAAAUCUGGCUGUAUAUAUGCCGUCUAGGUAUAUCAAAUAA